AUGCUGUGAGUGAAGCAAUUAAUGAAAAAUUAUUUGAGGUGAUUAGUGUAUCACAGCUAAGUUGGGCUAAAAUGAGCAAAAUUGAGAAAGCUAUAGGCCUUAAUAUUAUAAAAAUUGGUGUCAAAGAUUUCCCAGAUACUUCCAUCAUAGAAUGCAAUGGAUUUAAAUGGGAUAUGGAAAAGGAUAAAGACAAACAAAUGCAGGAUGUCAAAGACUAG